AUGAGCGCAGACUGUGUGGGCAACUCCACUUGCCCUGCCAACAGAACUGAGGAAGACCCGCCUGUGGGAAUGGAGGGACACGGGAACCUGAAGCUUGUUUUCACAGUGCUGUCGGCUGUGAUGGUGGGUCUGGUCAUGUUCUCUUUUGGAUGUUCGGUGGAGAGUCAGAAGCUCUGGUUGCACCUCAGAAGACCCUGGGGCAUCGCAGUGGGCCUGCUUUGCCAGUUUGGGCUUAUGCCUCUGACAGCUUAUCUGUUAGCCAUUGGCUUUGGUCUGAAACCAUUCCAAGCCAUUGCUGUCCUCAUCAUGGGAAGCUGUCCUGGGGGCACCAUCUCCAAUGUUCUCACCUUCUGGGUUGAUGGAGAUAUGGAUCUCAGCAUCAGUAUGACAACCUGUUCCACAUUGGCUGCCCUGGGAAUGAUGCCCCUCUGCCUCUACGUCUACACCAGGUCCUGGACUCUUACACAGAACCUCUCCAUUCCGUAUCAGAGCAUAGGAAUUACCCUUGUGUCCAUGGUUGUUCCUGUGGCCUCUGGCAUCUAUGUGAAUUAUAGAUGGCCAAAGCAAGCAACAGUCAUUCUCAAGGUCGGGGCCGCAGUUGGUGGUAUGCUCCUCCUGGUGGUGGCAGUUACUGGCAUGGUCCUGGCAAAGGGCUGGAACACAGAUGUCACUCUUCUGGUCAUCAGCUGUAUUUUUCCCCUGGUUGGUCAUGUCACGGGCUUCCUGUUGGCCUUCCUCACCCACCAGUCUUGGCAAAGGUGUAGGACGAUUUCCAUAGAGACGGGAGCUCAGAAUAUCCAACUGUGCAUCGCCAUGCUGCAGCUGUCCUUCUCUGCCAAGUACCUGGUCCAGCUGUUAAACUUCGCCUUGGCCUACGGACUCUUCCAAGUGCUGCAUGGGCUGCUCAUUGUAGCGGCAUAUCAGGCAUACAAGAGGAGACAGAAGAGCAAACAUAGGAGGCAGCACCCAGAUUGCCCAGACAUCUUCUACGAGAAGCAGCCCAGAGAGACGAGUGCUUUCUUGGAUAAAGGGGACGGGGCUGCCGUAACUCUGGGGCCAUUGCAGCCAGAGCAGCACCACAGGGCUGCUGAGCUGACCAGCCACAUUCCUUCAUGUGAAUAGUGGGAGACACAGACCAGCUUGGCCCUCCAUCUUCCUCUGUGGCCAGUGAAGACCAUGUGUGAUUGGCAGUAAGCAGCAGGCAUCUCCCCGAAAAGCUGUGGAAUGUAACUCGAGAGAGAACACCAUGUAGAGGAGACAUCACUCAUACUGCAGGACGGAGCGUCCACAAGCUUCUUGACUUUAGGCAGGUGCUCUGGAGGACUAGCAGAGACACUAAGAGAAGCUUAGCUUCAGUGAUGUGAUUCUUAUUCUUAAAGGAAUCAGACAUCGUUUAAUUAUUAUUAUGAUUAUGUGUGUAACACAAGCAGGCUAGCUCUGUCUCUUGAGAAGGACAGGUGCCCAGAAUCUCCAAACCGUAGAUACACAGGCUCGCCCCAGUCUCCAAAACAACAGAGACACAUGUGCAUCCGUUCACAUAUUCUGAGCACCAAAUCACCAGAAAAGCCUGUAGCUUGUUUCCUGGUGUUUUGAUAGUCGAUCAAUGAUUAGCUCAAACAUCUUUGUACAUCUGUGUUACCUACCUCAUUCUUUAGAACAGUGGCUGCAUCCAAGUGUUGUAUAAUAUAGGACUAUAAUUUAUUGAAGGAAUCUUUAUUAGUAUUUAGAUACCUUCCAGCACAAGGCUGCUGGGAACCCCUGGCCCUCACCCCACGUCCCCAUAGGCUCCUUCCUGCAGCUCCAGUGGACAGGCCCACAGCUCCUCAAAGUUCUGGAUAGACUGUUCCGUCUCAGAAGGGCUUUGUCGUUCACUCUCACCAGUCCUAAGAAAUGAUUUCUCAUCUCUUUGACUUGUGAAAACAUCUCAUUAAAAUUAUGAUCUCAGGGGCUCAGA